GUUGAGAGAGACUUUUGGAGUUGAUCCGAGGACUGCCCAUGUUGGAUGGGCGGAGCAGUAAGCAUGCGCUGAGCUGGCAGCUCCGGGGCUAGUCCGCUGCGCGCGAGUAGAGGGAGACACGGGCUGGCUCGGGUUCGGGUGUGCUGUGUCUGCUCGCCUCUCAGACGGCCGCAGGGUUACUACCACCGUACCACUCACGUCUUCUUGAGGGCUGAAUAGGCGAACAGAAAAGAGCAAAUAAGAGGGAAAUACAAGAAAAGCUAUAAGGACAACACCUCUGGUUAUAACCACAGGGAGUCGGCAUCUGGAAACGUAGGGAGCGAAGAAGACCCCCCUCGCGACAUCUCUCGGCUCUGUAUCGCACAACGCACCCUUCCUAUAGGCUACCCCCUGGAGAACGACCACCCAUUGAACACCCUACUUGACCAGCGUUGCCAUUAAGCGAUGCAAUUGGAAUCCAUGACGAAAUAGAACGGGUUAUUUUGAUGCAUUUUAUACGGUCUUUAUUUUCCAAAACGGAACAGUUUAGACUACGGAUACAGUUUCGGUGUUUACACAAGAAAUUCACGAGUUUCUGGUGGCGUGAAAUUUUCUCAUCCCCGGUAAUUGACAACGACACAAGGCUAUUACCUUGUGUUGCUAGUGGAGUCUUAUCAUCCUUGUUUCUUUCCCGUUUAGACAAUUGUCUUUUCUUUUUCUGUUUUCAAUUUUAUACAUAUGGCCUAGGAAUCUACCGCCUCACUUGACACAAUAUAUUUAUUCAGACGUAUCAGUUCGUUUUUACUUCGAACAAAGACAACGUAAUUAAAAAGAAAACGUUUAAGCUAAUCGAAAGGAUUUUUUUUUUUUUUACAAAUACACCGAGUGGAAAGUUUGGUUACGAAGAGGGAAGAAAGCUCUGCAAUAUCCACGGGAUUUUUCUCAAAGGUGGGGCGGGCUGCAGCCAUGCUGUCCCUGGAUGAGCCACUGGACUUGAAACUGCCCCGAGGGCGGGUAAACAGGGCUGCGCGGUCGCCGCCCACCCUUUCCCCCAUCCAUGCCAAACGGGCCCGGCAGCUCCGCAUGGCCGACGAUGGCACUGCCGUCAUCGUGCCUGCAUCCCCUGCCUCACCCCACACAGGUGUGCCCGUGGUCCCCCAGGAGAGGCCAGAAAUUCCCCCCACGCCCCCAGCCGUGGAUCUCAGCAUGUCCCCCUCCUCCCGACACACCUCCAGUUCCCCAGAGACAGCCAAUGGAAACGGGGUCUCCCACCACAUCCUCGCAGGGGAGUCAGCUCACAUCCGUUACGUGGAUAGCGGCGCCUCCUCGCAAGCCUUCCAGUUCUUUGUGCCGAUUGGUGCUGGGGGCGGACUCCACCUGCCAUCUUCCAUGUUCAUUGGCCAGCCCGGCGACAAGCGGGCGUCUCCCGAUCUCUCAGCGGAUGAACAGCUGGCCUGCCGUUGGAGGAAGUGUCACCUCCUCUUCGACUGCCUACAGGACCUGGUGGACCAUGUCAACGACUUCCAUGUCAAACCUGAGAAGGAUUCUGGGUACUGCUGCCACUGGGACGGCUGUGCUCGCAAGGGGCGGGGCUUCAAUGCCAGAUACAAAAUGCUGAUCCACAUUCGUACCCACACCAAUGAGAAGCCUCACCGCUGCCCCACAUGCAACAAGAGCUUCUCUCGCCUGGAGAACCUCAAGAUACACAACCGCUCACACACAGGAGAGAAGCCCUACAUCUGUCCAUACGAGGGGUGUAACAAGCGCUACUCCAACUCCAGUGACCGCUUCAAGCACACGCGAACCCACUACGUCGACAAGCCCUACUAUUGCAAGAUGGCCGGAUGCCUGAAGCGCUACACGGACCCCAGCUCCCUCCGCAAGCACAUCAAGGCCCACGGCCACUUUGUCGCCCAGGAGCAAAGCUCUCCGGGCGGACUGGGCUCACUGCUCAAGGGGGGUCCGCCGGUGGCGGGAAUUGGCGGCGGGCGGGGCAAGCUGGGGGAGUCAGAGCUGAGCUACCUCAGCGGGGCCCACAUCAUCAUCCCUAGUGCCGCUGCCUCUCUCCUCGGGGGCCACGCCCUGCAGGGCCUGGGCGGGUCCAUCUCCCUGUCCCCGCUGAGUCCCCUCAGCCCACGUCCGCUGGAUCUGAGUGCGCUGGGGGGCCCCAGUUCACCUUCCCCCACCUCCAUCCUGUCCUUCAGUGGCUCUCCCCUGAGCCUGGCCACCAAGUCAUCCCUGGGGCUGUCCUCGUCCUUCCCCUCCGCCGCCCUGGGGCUCAGCCCUGCUGUGGUGCCCGUGUCCCUGGGAGGAUCCGUGGGCUCGCCCUCGCUGGAACGCAGGCCCCACCACCACCACGGCCACCGGCGCAAGGGGAAAACUGCGGGGGAGGAAGGGGAGGACGAGCUGCACUCCGGGGGGGUGCUGAACCUCUCCACGGGGGCGUCCCACGACCCCCUGUCCUGGGUGGUCAUCCCUCCUGGCACAGUGGUGCUCAAGCCAGCUGUGGUCAACUGACACAAACACACACAUUCCGGAAGAGCUCAGGGGUGGGAGAGGGUGGGGUCAGAGGUCAGAGGUUGGCCCGCUGCACGGAGAGAAGCUGAGAAAAGUUGAAAGAGAGACAGGUUAAAAACAAAGUAAACUUUAAAACUCCACACUUCCGUGAAUUGGCUCUGACAAGAAAAAAGAGGUGUCUUUUCACUUGGGUAGCGGCAAAUUGUAGGACCAACAGACACUCCUUUGAAAAGCACAUUUCAAUCAUGCUGUUUUCUUUCUAUUUUAUGACUUGACUAAAGAGAAUGCAACAGGGGCCCUCCGCCUCGGUUUCUCUCUUCCUUGGUCCUCUUUCAUGGUCUUGGUAUGUGCUCUGUGUCCUUGCUCAAGCUCUGCUUCCUUGGUAUGUAUUUAUAAUGUUCUUAUUGAUAGUGUGCUCUGUGGCCCAGCAGCAAGGUAGACACGCAAAUGGAACAGUAGGACGCGCUCGCCGCUGGGCUAGCAACACACAAUACUAUUCCGCUGCUUUAAAAGCUACAUGAACUACGUCGUACAGGGUGCUGUAAACACAAACUUCCUGUUUCAUCUGGAAGUGAUGUCCAACUGACUUAGAUCGAGGUUACAGAUUAAUGCAGAGUGUGCAACCCCUCUUAGCACGGUAGGGCAGGCUCUAUUGGAUAGAGUGUAUGUCAAUCAGAGGGCCAUCUGGUAGGGCAGGCUCUAUUGGAUAGAGUGUAUGUCAAUCAGAGGGCCAUCCGGUAGGGCAGGCUCUAUUGGAUAGAGUGUAUGUCAAUCAGAGGGCCAUCUGGUAGGGCAGGCUCUAUUGGAUAGAGUGUAUGUCAAUCAGAGGGCCAUCUGGUAGGGCAGGCUCUAUUGGAUAGAGUGUAUGUCAAUCAGAGGGCCAUCUGGUAGGGCAGGCUCUAUUGGAUAGAGUGUAUGUCAAUCAGAGGGCCAUCCGGUAGGGCAGGCUCUAUUGGAUAGAGUGUAUGUCAAUCAGAGGGCCAUCCGGUAGGGCAGGCUCUAUUGGAUAGAGUGUAUGUCAAUCAGAGGGCCAUCCGCAGAUGCGCACAUGCCAUUUGACGAUGUUUACUUCAUUCAGAAUAACAUCUAGCCACAGGAACACAAGCACAGCACCCGUUUAAUCAGUCUCUAAACCACAGCACUGAUAGUGUAACCAGCUAUAGUGUUGUAACCUCACGACUGCUGCUAAACAUCUUAAAGACUCACUUAAAAUGUACCAGAAACUAUAAACAUUAGCACUUUGACUAUUUUUGACAAUCUUUUCCCGGUUCGGGGAGGGUGAGGAAAGUGGGCCGUCCCAAUCCACAAGGCGGUGUGUUGCAGGCUUGCUGACUAUGGGCUUGUGUGAGGGUGCAGAGCAACUAAGGUCUUAUGAAGCAGACAAAUGGUUUAAUAUAACCAAGCAUAUUACCAAUAUUCACUUUGUCUCUUUUUUUUCUUCUUAACAUUGGUGUUGUCUUGCACCGCCUGGUGGAACGGUGAAGCACUACACCAAGUCGGCCUCUCCGCCACAUUCUACAGGCCACGUCCUUUAUCAUGUUUUAUUGUCCCAAACAACUCCACUUCGAAUGGCCACAGUGAGGAGGGUAAUGAGGAACAAACGCCAAGUGUUUAAGUCACACAGUAUUUAUAACCAGCUGUUCAAAACAUCUGGCUGGCCCGGGAGUAGAACAUCCUGAUCGGACCUGGACCCAUGUCCACAAAGCAACUCAGUGAAAACUGGUAGUCUUCCUGCACAUUGGGGUAAAAAUAAAAGCACUGCAUGAAGCCUCAUUAGUCACAGCAAUUAAGUCAGUGAUUCCUUUACCUUGGGAGUUGGAACAGAGGAAUUAUUUGAUAUUUCUAUUUUUGGUCAACCUGUUAACACAUACACAUUCAAGGCUGUCUCUUGCAUGUUGGAAGAUCAUUUCACUCUGCUAAAUUUGUGUGCCUAAACCCUUGUAACCACUGAGCUAAUUAAAUAAUCAGAUUAUAAUAAUAUAUAAUAAUAGUUAGUGAACCUCAUGACCUACGGUUUUGAUUACAAUAUCACACUGGCAUGUUGUUAGAUGCCUACAUUGGAAAUACAUUGGGCAAUUCUGCACCUGGCUAGGUUAACUUCUGAGGUCAGUAAAUAAAAAAGAAUUUGCAGUCACUUUUGGCAAAAAUCUAGUAGAAUGUUGUGACAAAUUUUACUUUUGUCACUUGAUUUUUGAUCUUGCUCCAAAUUCUUCUGGGCAGUGUUUUAUCCUAAAACCUACUAUAAGCUGGGAGUAAAAAAAACAACAACAACAACAACAACAGAUUAACAGGAUUCCUGAGAUGCUUUGUAGAUGCUAGGCCAGGGUUCUCAUGGAGUUUGUUGUCAGGUGUCGUUUUAGAAUGGAUCUGUUAUACACUGAAGGCUGAUUCCCACUGUGACUCCGCAUUCAGGGACCAUCAUCUAUGGUGUCAGAUCCAGGCCUUCUUUCUGUUCUGCAUGGCCCUAAAGUGUGUGAAUCAGACUUUACUGCUACAUAGUGAGGAACAGGCUGACAGUAGAACUUGCCAAACUUCAGUCAUCUUAAGAACUGGGGUUGGUUCACCAAAUUUUUUUUAACAAUGUAGGUCCUCAUGGACUGAUGCAGUAACUGCACUUAGCAGACAGUUACACGCCCAUGGAUUUGUAACACCCGAAUAUUAGAGGGUUACUGCCAUUUAGUAUGUGUGGCAAUGGAAGAAUGUUGGCCUUCAUCUUCAUUCCUUGGUUUUCCCUAAAUUUACACUCAGGCUUGAAAGGGACACCUUUUUUCUGUGGACCCUGGGUCCUGCCGUGCUCUCGUAAAAGAGAUAUUAUGUAUGUAGAAUGUUGAGCGGACCACUUUCUGGGGUAUAUGAGGGCAGGUGAGAGGAGGGGAGGAGGGAAGCAUCUUAAACACAAGGAACAUUCCCUGAAGAGACUUAAAUACAUAGCCCUUCACCUCUCUUCUUUCUUUAUGGAUCUUACAAAACCAUUUUCCAGGAUGGUCUGUCCAUUGUUUGGAGAGUAAUCACAAAUAUUGCAUUUUUUGUAAGUCAUUUAUUUUGUUUUGUUGUCAUGGAUGUUCAGACGAGACAUUUUCUGAUGUUGAAGUUGCUCAAUUUGUUUCAUGCUUCUUGCAAAGGCUGCGCUGUACCUCAGCUUUCUCCUUGAACUGAACUGGGAAGUGGGGGGAGGGGGCUGGAAAGGGGGAUAGUCAGUCCAUGUCAUGACGGAACACUACUGAAUGUUUUAAAACAGUAUGUAAUGGAUAACAGGAAUGAGCACGUGUGAGCAGAGGACAUAUCAAAACAGUCCCUGUUUCCGUCAGUCCGUUUGGUGCCUAAUGAGGACGGCCCCAGUGAGAGUUGUUUAUAUUAUUUAAAUUAUUAAGGUACCACACAAUGGUGAGAUUAAAAAAAUGAUUUCUUUGAAAUGAUUGUGCUCAGUCGGAACAAUCACAGUUAUUAAACAAUUGCUGAAUCGCUAGAGAGCAUGUCCACUACGCUACCAUGUAGUCCAAGGCAUGAAUUUAAGUGACCCUGGUGGCCUACAGCCUAACAGCGAUAUAGACAAGACACAACAACCUACAGCUAUAGAAAAGACACAGCAACUAACAGCUAUAUAGACUAGACAUAACUAACAGCGAUAUAUAGAAUAGACACAACAACUAACAGCUAUAUAGACAAGACACAACAACUAACAGCUAUAUAGACAAGACACAACAAUCCCACAGAUGGAACCGAACAUCUGACCUGAAAAACAAACCUUGGGCGAGGCAGAUGAGGAAAACCUCAUGACAAAAUCAACUGAACAAUCUACAAUCUGAGCAUCUAAAAUGGUGGCUGCCUAGAGAGAAGUGUGAGGCUGGAUGGAUGGAGGAGUGAAUGGAGGAGUGAAUGAACAGAGGUGUGUGUGUUAGUGAGAGUGUGUGUGUGAGGAGUGAAGGGAGAGGGUUAGCCGUGUCUGUGGCGUGAGGGUCCCUCCGUCUGCCCACGCCGCCCUCACCCGGGCCUCUCGUCUCUGAAGUCAGUGCCCGCCCCGUCUUUCUCCCCUUCCUGCCCGAUGUGUGGCAGUGGCUCGCACGAGUGCCAGCCAGCAGCGAAACUAGGCCACUGAACUCUGUCUGCCCUCUAACCCCCCCCACCCCCACCCCCUUAAUCAUACCAAAAAGGCUAAACUCACUACUCGCAAAGCUUUUCACCAUGUGCAUGCACAUACACAAAAUAUAUAUACAGUAUAUUAUAUAUUGUAUAAUCCUCUUUAUCAAAAUAUGCUUCAGGAUCUUUCAGGAGUGGGUCAGAGUAAAUCGCUGUGCCAUGUUGCGACAGAAGCUGCAGUGCUAUCUCUGGCAGACCAUGGGAGGAUUUAUGCUGCGCAGAUUCACUGCAUAUUUCUAUUUAUUCCUCAGCCCCACUCUUAAUCACUGCUAGUACGCACACGCACACGCACAGAGCCUUGUGCUCACACAAUUGAGUAAUCUGCACCUUCUCCACCACAUAGCUGGGCAGCCCAUACCGGUUGAGCCGGUUCAGUAUAGAACCAGCUGCAUCACUGGGCUCUUAAACAGGCCUUCAGGGCUCAUAUAUAGUAAGCUUGUGUGCAUGGCCAUGACAGCCGGAUAUUAGGGCCACCAACCUACAACUGAAUCCCAGGCUGUAUAGUGUGAUAAUGAAAUGCUGCAGUUCCAUCCAUCUUUAGUGGCAGCUUUUUACAUGGCUCCUCAGGCCAGCAUGGUAGGACCACCUCAGUGUCGGACUAACUGUGUGCUGUCCAAGUCAGAUGACGUCACUCGUAACAGGUGUUAAGUAGGCUAGGUUUCCCUGGCAACAGUGGAAUCCUCAGACAUGACUGUCCUCCCCCGACCAAUCCCCUCCAUCCUUUUAUGCCUACACCCCCCCACCCCAUCCAGUGUCUCUUGCUCACUGAAGCCAGAGACAGCGUGUUCUGGUAGCCCAUCUCAGAUCUGUUUGUGCAGCCUUGCCUGUUCAUGACAAUUACACAAAUGCAUCUGGAGCCGGGCUAGUGUUCUAGGCUGCUGUGCGGAGAAAGCUGAAUUUGACACAGAACCAAUUCUAGGUUCCACAUCUUUUAAUAUUAAAAAUAAGCUGUUUGAAUUAUUAACCCUUUGGUCGCAUUUUGUCGUGCCGUGACCUGGACUUAAGUCCCACCUAGGAGUGUUAAUAUUAUAGUGAUAGGCAAAUGGCCAAAAGUUGUAAUUGGAAAAUGACAAUGACAAUUCAUUCUCAAUGGGUAAAUAUAGUUGUUUAAUUUGUUAUUUUUGGGGACCAAGAGCAGUAGCAAUAACUUCAGUGUUGGAUGGAAAUCUUUUAAAAACUGUCUUGAAUCAUGAUCUUCGGGAUUCCUGAAAACCUGCUCCGUCCACCCCCUAUCCUUCUCAUUUGGAAAACAAGCGGUACUUUCCUUAAAGGGUUUCAUAAAAAAUCUAAUUGAAUUUUAUCCAUAAUUAAGCUAUGUAAAUAGUGAAUAACAAAACACAGCAAGUGCUUGACGCCGGCACUAAAUUGUGUCAGCUAGCUAUGUCAGUUUCACUUACAAGGCAUUGACAGAAGUGCCACAAUGGUGCGCAAAGGGUUAAUGCAAGACUAAAGCCACACCAGGCUUGUAUCCAAGUUAUUUUUUUGCACAUUUUGUGAGAUAUUUUAAAUGUCAGUAUUUUUUUUCAAGUGCCUUUUAUUAUAGGUGAAAAUAUAGAAGAUAUAUGAGUAUGAAAAUGAAAUAUAUAUGAAUAUAUAUUUUUUUCCUGGGAUCAUGUUUUUGAGGUUCUUUAACAUGCAUCAUUUGUAGUUGUAAAAGUCUCCAAUUGGUACAACAUAGCUGUGUGCUCCUGUUUUAGAGGAAUUUUAUUACGAUAUUGAUAACGAUGUCAAUGGAGAAAAAAAGGAAUAAAU